AUGGCCAGGGCCACCGAAACACAACAACUCGUGGCCACUCAAGCUCUAUCAAAGGUUCUCACGAACAAUGGCAUCAAACAUGGCAUAAGUGGCGGUUUUGCUGUCCGUCUGCUCGGCCGUAACCGCAGAACUGUGGAUGUCGACAUUUUAAUCGACAUGGCUGCUGAUACGAGACACGAUGUGACGCAGCUGUUGGUGCAGAAUGACGUCAAUAUUCCCGUGCUCCAUCCCGCUGUGCUCAUCUUGGCCAAGAUGAAACGGUGUGUCUACUAUAUCGGCAGCACACGCCCGCAGUCGAUCAGUAAGCUUCACAACGAUAUCUCGGACAUCAGAUUUAUCCUUGAAUGGCUCGUAAAGCACAGCGAAAAGGUCGAUUUCGUCGGCUACCAAUCGACUACCGCUGACCGUCUCUACAAGGAUACUACGGAUCUCGUUAACCACUAG